UCAGGGGCGGGUGGACGGACGGAAACAGGCGGACAGCAGGAGGCGCUGCGGCUGGUCGCGGCGUCAGGUUUUCAUCUUCCUGCUGGUGCUGGCGGCCGUUCUGUUUUUCUACAACGCCAACGUGAAAGAGACGGAGCCGGACUGGAACUCCACGACGUGGUGGAGUCCGUUUAAAAUUCAGAGACAACGGGUCGUCCUCGCAAACACGACGGCUCCCGCCAACCAAUCAGGUGGAUCUGAACCGGCAGGGUUUGAAACUGAGAGCAGCGCGACGGCAGCUCCUCAAACCGAGAACAUCACGUUCUCUGAGGUGGCGGACGAGACGACCACGACUCCAAGUACUCCUACAACUAUCACGACUCAAAUGACUCCGACAAGUCCCACAACGACCACGACUCGAACAACUCCUACAACUGACACCACUCCAACGACUCCUCCGUCUACCACGACGACCACGACGACCACGAGAACUCCACAGACUGGGAAAACUCCUUCGGUGACGCUGCUAGCGACACCAAAUAAAACUGCGUCGCCAACACCGGUUCCGUACGUGUCCCCGGGCCCGUACUUAGUGGAAUACCCGUACGAGUACCACUUCAUCAUAAACGAGCCGAAGAAAUGCGAGCAGCAGAAACCUUUCCUGGUUCUGAUGGUUCCUCUGGCGCCCAAAAAUAGGGCGCACCGUGACAUCAUACGCAGCACCUGGGGCGGCGAGCGGCUCGUCCUGGACAAAGUGGUGCAGCUGUUCUUCGUUCUGGGGCUGCACGGCGGCGAGGGGGCGCCGCGGGUCCACGAGCAGCUGCAGCAGGAGAGCCGGGAGCACCGGGACCUGCUGCAGAGCGACUUCCUGGACUGCUACAAGAACCUGACCAUCAAGACCAUGGUGAUGCUGGAGUGGCUGGACGCCUUCUGCCCCGGUGCCUCUUACGCCAUGAAGAUCGACUCGGACAUGUUUCUGAACGUGCACAAUCUCGUCAACAUGUUGUUAAAUGCUCCGAGGACCAACUACAUGACCGGGCUCGUGGCGAGAGGAGCGGCGGUGCUGAGAGAUCCGGCGUCCAAGUGGUUCCUCCCCGUGGAGCUUUACCCUCAGCCACAGUACCCUCGCUACGCUCUGGGUCUGGGCUACGUUUUGUCUUUAGACCUCCCGAAAAAGCUGGUGGAGGCGUCCAGACACGUAAAAGCCGUUUACAUCGAGGACGUGUAUCUGGGGUUGUGCAUGCAGCACCUGGGCAUCGCUCCCACGGACCCCCCGAGACCAGAAUACUUUCAGGUGUUUCCUGUCCAGUACAGCCGCUGUGCGUACUCCAGGCUCAUAGCCACCACCGUCCACGCUCACAGGGACCGCGUGAGGGACUGGACGGACUUUAAAAAGCCCGGUCCAUACUGCUGA